AUGCGUUGUGUGGACGUGGAACGAGCUUUCCAGAAGGCUUUGGCAGUGAAGGUGGAAGAAAAUCGCGACACAAAACCGCUAGCUGAGAAGCAAAUACUGAAGAGAAACGCACUGAAUAUCUCUGAAUCAGCUACAGCUUCCGGCGAAGCCUCUACAGUGUACAGCGAUUUUUUGAAAAACCAAUGGAAAGUGAACCAAAAGCUGAUUGCCGAAAUAGAAUGUGUUUUCGUUGAACUCGUGCAAACUUUGGACGCUCAACCGAACAUGUCUUCUGUAAGUUACUCGUUUCGACCAAUGCAUUCGGAGCAGCGUCGUGUGGUCCAUGAAUAUGCGAGUUAUUUUGGCAUCGAAACGAAAAGUUAUGAUCAGGAGCCUCAGAGGAAUGUUGCAGCCACAGCGAAACGGUAA